AAUGACGAAAAAGAAAGAAAGCAGCAGCAGAAGAAGAAGGAGAAGAAGCGUUGGCUGUCAAAACACUGGGAGUAUUUGUCGGACCGUCAGUAAACCAUGCGUCUGUUCUGUAAGACACCAGGGAUUUAUUCACACAUGUGUCAGUUCGCGAGCACACAGUUCAGCAUGCUGACACAGCAGAGGAAGAAGGAUUUGGCGAACCAGUUUUGGAGAUUAUCUCACCUCCCGGGGCUUCGUCCGUUCAUUAACCACGCGCUGCAUCCCGCCUGCCGGCCUUCACACAGCUGGUUCGGGAGCAGAAUUAAUGGUUGCAGGUGGAGCAAAACCAUCUACCUGAAUUCACCGAGUCAGAAAAAAGUCACCCUCGUGCAUGUAAGUGAACUGUCUGUAGCAACAUAUGAGAAGCUGGUCGAUGAGACACUGGAUGCUCUGGCUGAUUACUUUGAAGACCUCACCGAUGAAGCUUUUACUGGGGCAGACUAUGAUGUUGUCUUCUCUAGUGGGGUUCUGACAGUGAAGCUGGGUGGAGACCACGGCACCUAUGUGAUCAACAAACAGACACCAAACAAACAAAUCUGGCUUUCUUCUCCUACCAGUGGACCCAAGCGCUAUGACUGGACAGGUGAACGCUGGGUAUAUACUCAUGAUGGCAUCAGCCUUCACCAGCUGCUUUCUAAGGAGUUUUCCAUUAUCUUUAAUAAGAACAUUGACCUGUGUGACUUGCCCUAUUCCUAAAACCCUGUUAAAUGCUUAGAGUAUUCACGGACUCAACGACUCACAGACUGAAUUUCUGUACAGUAUACACAAUAUCUGUCAAACAAAGAAAAUAAUGAAAUUAUGUAUAAAAUGCUG